GAACGUUGGCUGAAAAGCAUUACCGUUUCCUUAUUGUUUGCUCUCGCCACGAAGCCAAAGCAGCAGAGGAGCCAGCCAGCCACCGCUGACCCGAGGGCACCGCCGCCCUCCUCCGUGCGCCGGUAGCCACUCGCCAGAGGGAGAGAAGGGGAGGAAGAGCGGCCGCAUCGGAUGGGGGUCCUGGGAGACCGCUCGGGGUGGUGCUUCUGCUCCGGCGGCGGGGCCAAGCUGGAGCGGAUCAAGUCCACGCUGCUCGCCACGAAGGGUCCCGCGCUCGCGGCCGUGUCCUUCCCUCGCGGCGGGGAAGGGGCAGGAGGAGGAGGUGGAGGAGGAGGAGGAGGGGGGAAGCGCGGGGGAGGGUUCCUCAUCCACCGCGCCCUCCUGCUCACCACACACGGGACCGUCCCAUCAGCCGCCGUGGCGGGCGCCGCCGAGGUCCAGCUCAGCCACGGCCGCCUCCUGGCCCGCCUGGUGCCUCAGAGGUUCUUCAUUACUAGCCCCAUUCUGGACCUUACAAUAGUCGGGCUUGAUGUCUUGGAUGAAGGCUCAGAUUCGCACGGGCAACAGCCUCAUUUCCUGAAAACCUGCUUGAACCCCAGUUUGGACCUUGGCAGUACAGUUUUGCUCCUGGGCCACACAAACAGAAGAGAUUUGGCAGUAGGUGAGGGGAAGGUUGUUAUAGCAACUGACAACCUUAUAAAGUUCUCAACUGAUGAAGUCUCAUGGCAUCCUGGAUCUGCUGGUUUUGAUAUGAACGGGAAUCUAGCUUUUAUGGUCUGUGAUCCGAUGAAGCUUGCACCUUCUACACCUACAGGGUAUGCUUCUGCAUCAUCAACUGCGCUCCUUGCAUCAAAGAUGGAUGUGCCAACACAAUUUGGGAUCCCCAUCCCUGCAGUAUGCGAAUGGUUAAAACAGCACUGGAGUGGUAGCUUGGAAGAUGUUAGCAAGCCAAUGAUGCCCCCUGCACGAUUGAUAUCUGCAGCAGGACAACGAAGUGAACCUUCUCUGAGUCAUCUUCAUUAUAUUAAGACCACUGAGCGAGAGGGUGGGGCAUUGUCAUCAUCGCAGAUGCCAGCAAGACCGACACGGCAGCAUGGGUCAUGCAGUUCAGCAUCUGCCAAGAUUUCAUAUGGUGAAAAUGAUUCUGUUAAUUCACACUCCUUUCAAGGCCAACGAGAUCCAGCCUCACAGGUGCCCGGACCUAAGGAGCAACCUGGUUCGGUCAUGGAUAGCUUUCCUCCUGGGCAUCCAAGAUCUAUUUUCUUACCGCUUCCUCUAAAGCAAAUGAUGCCUGUCGAUAAUAAGAUCAAACCGAACUGCUCGGUUUCAGAUGAAUCACGGGUAGGUAAUGCGCGAAUCAACUGCGAUGCUAUGCACAAUGUUGCUUACCAGGAAAACUGCUGGAAUGAGGCGCAGUCAAGUUCUUCACCACCGGCAAUAUCAGAACAAGGAGACAAGAGGGACGGCUUCAGCAGUGGGGAGGAGACAAUGUACUCCGCGGAAACUAUGGAAAGCAGAAACAUUCCGAGUCCAAAGGACAAGAGGCCCCAGAUAGUUGGCCGGUCACAGAGUUUUGCGAACCAUAGCAAAUGGGAUUCACCUAAAAGUGUUGAAUCUUCGAAAGGGCCGCCCUCAAGGUCGCAUACAUUCAUUCCUUUGAGAAAACCACACUUGCAAGCUGCAUCAAUUUCACAGAAAAGCCAGGUUUAUUUUAGCCCCACUGUCUCCUCCAACAUGAAAAAGAGGAACCUUUCUCAGAUUCCCAUGAAACCUCGUCAAAGUGCUCAAGUCACCUCCAAGUGGAUUACCUGAUAGGAUCCCCGUUCCCUCUCUCCAGAUCAUACAAAGAUAUCGCAUCUGUCGGUUUAGUCAGUUCCACUCAACAUCUCCAUUUUGCUGUAGUCGUGUCAUGUAAAUGUAUACUAGCUGUAAACCACGCGCUGAUGAUUCUUUGAGCUUAACAUUAGCUAGCAUAUUCCCAUCUUUUCUAUGCUUACUCUGUAGGGUAAAACCUAAAACGAAUUAUCACCAGAAAUAUAGCCUUCUUGGUUUCAGUCA